CUCACUCACUCACUCACUCUCUCGUCGCCAUCGUCUACCAAACGCAACUCAAAUGGCGACGACGACAUUCUUCCAUCCACUACUUCCUUCCAACAGUUACAAAUCCGUAUCUGUAGCCUCACCGUUUGUCUCAGUUCCUCAUUCCUCAGUCCCGUCUUCUUCGUCGUCUCUCCAGUUCCGCUCGCUUGUUUCAGUUGAUGGGAGAAAGUUAACCGGAAAGCUCAGAAGAGUAUCCCCUAUUGUUUCCGCCGCCGCAACAACUGAACCUCUCACCGUCCUCGUUACCGGUGCCGGUGGAAGAACAGGGAAAAUUGUGUACAAGAAGUUGAGAGAGAGGUCGGAUCAGUUUGUGGCGAGAGGUUUAGUGAGGACUAAAGAGAGCAAGGAUAAGAUCGGUGGAGAGGAUGAAGUGUUUAUCGGAGACAUUCGAGAUCCUUCAGACAUUGCUACUGCUGUUCAAGGGAUUGAUGCUUUGGUCAUUCUCACGAGCGCUGUGCCGCAAAUGAAACCUGGUUUUGAUCCUAGCAAAGGAGGGAGACCUGAGUUUUACUUUGAUGAAGGAGCUUAUCCUGAACAGGUUACAACAUUAUGA